AUGAACUUCACGACUUUCCUUUCCACGAGAGACGAGACCGUAGACGCAGCAGCGGACUAUCAAGCACACCCUGAUUUCCGGACAAUCACAUCGUUCACCUUGGGCUGGGUUUUCCUGCUCGCUUGCCGACAUGUUGGCCACGCGCCAUUCACACGCACACUCGGUCGCGCCUCAUGCAUCAUAUUCCUUCCCACUCAAAAGCGCAUUCAGGAUGUCGAGAGCACGAACAAGCCGUUGAGCUUGAUGCACAUGGAUCUAGCGGACGUUACUUCAACCCAUAGCACCCGCGACGGACCAGCCGGACAACGCAUCCUCGCCUUUCUACUGUACUGGGCAUUGGUGGUCUCAAGUAUGGCACAGUUCCUCAGUUUAUUAGUCUUUGGCAACGGCUUCAGAUAUGAGUCAUUGUGCGCUGCAACACUCGGAGUAGGCACCGCCUCUUCUGUGAUUGCUCGUGUCCUAGGCAUCUUGAUCCUCAGUUUUGAGCUACAGCGCCGAUUCAAUGCUACGAUCUAUGAGCUUACCACCGUCUGGUUUUUGCUCCUCAGCGUUCUUGGUGUCACAGGGGGAAACGUCUUCUUCAGCCUCGGUCAAGUGACUGUCCUACCCAAUAUCGGCGAUGCUGCCAUCUGUGUAAAGCAACACUUCAUGCCCACGUCGUUAACGAUUUCGUUGGCUCUGAUCAUUCUUGAAUUGUUUACACUUGCAAGGCUACUCAUUGGUCUUUCACUACCUCGAGAUCUUCUGGAUAUACGCGUGUCUCGGGCCGUAGCAUUGCUUGUUUUUGAUCUGGUGGUCCUUGUUCCAGACGCAGUGGCAAGCAACGUUCUGGGAGACUUUAUUCCUUUCAGUGUUGGAGCCGUGGCCCUUCUUGCUGCCUUCGCCCCAACACCAGCAUCCACUCGCGACUGCGAACAUGUUCUGCUCACCGCAUCGAAAGCAUCUACAACAAGUCCCCGUUCCAGCGUCAUGGUCUCGUCGUUCUUUGAUCCCCCUCAACCAAUGCACAUGGCACAACCUCCACGCACUUCACCUGCCAUGUCCGAACGCGCGAUGAACGAACUGCUCAUGAAUGGACCAUCAUAUGGCGGGCCCACACCCAUGCGUCGGCUUUCGGACCAGGAGCGAAAGAAACGCGAAAGUCUUGCUGCUCUACCGUUCGCGGCAAAGCAACUACCAAAGCUUCCUCCGGCGUCGGUGGCGGAACAGAGUGACACAGAGGGCCCGCGAAGCGACGUUGCCACGGUACGCUCGAGUAUGACCCGCGGCGUGAACAGUUCAGAGGGAGCAGUUCUCACUACUGCAACGCGGGAGUCUAUGCCGCCUGGACUCUCGAUAGUGACGCCCGUCGCAACCCCGACAUCGUCCGUGCCGCUCUCAGGCAAGAUCCUACGACCAGAGCAACUUGCAGAAUACGACCGCGCUACAUCCUCUGACAUUAGGCGAGCUUCCGCAGAGAAACAAGAGGCAUUCGCGUCGUGUGAGCUUUUUGCAUAUCGACAGUUCAAGCACGCCGGGUCAUCCCGUACCGGCGUCGGUGGCGGUGCCCAGUCGCGACCGCUCUAUGGUGUCGCCCCCGAACAUGGUCAUUCCAGUGCCAAUUGGUCCCCGUAG